UUCCCCAUUUUCCCAUUUUUUCCCCUCUCUCUAUCUCUCUCUUCAUAAGCUUCGAAUCUCCUUCUCUCUCUAGCUGUCAUUUUCUUUUAUGGCGAUGCUUCCUCCCUCUCCCCAUUGAUCUCUACUUCAUUCUUGCUUCUGCAUGUUCUAAACCCUUGAAGAACAAGAGGGUAUCAGAGCACUGCUGAAUGUGUUUGGAGGUGUAAUGGCUUUCUGGGUGUUUUUCUUCUUGAUCUUUGGUUCUGUUCCGCUUGUUCCUGCUCUUACUCUUGCUUCUGAUGUUCAAGCUUUGCAAGUUAUAUACACCUCAUUGAACAGUCCUCCACAGCUGACUGGCUGGAUUGGUAGUGGCGGUGAUCCAUGUGUUGAGUUAUGGAAAGGGGUGACUUGUGAAGGCUCUGCUGUUGUCUCCAUUGAGAUUUCCGGGUUGGGGCUGAAUGGCACGAUGGGCUAUGCGCUCUCGAGCCUUAUUUCAUUGAGAAAUCUUGAUAUGAGCGACAACAAUAUUCACGACACGAUUCCUUACCAAUUACCACCGAACCUCACGAGCCUAAAUAUGGCAAAAAACAAAUUAACUGGUAAUCUUCCUUAUUCACUUUCCACCAUGGCUUCUCUCAAUUAUCUGAAUAUGAGCCAUAAUUUGCUAGCUCAGGCGAUAGGAGACGUUUUCACGAAUCUUACUUCCCUGGGGACCUUGGACCUUUCUUUCAACAACUUUACCGGGGAUCUUCCGAUUUCCUUGAGCUCAUUGUUGAAUAUUUCUUCUCUCUUUUUACAGAACAACCAAUUGACUGGUUCGCUCAAUAAUCUUAUCAGUUUGCCUCUAACGACGCUAAAUGUAGCGAAUAAUAAUUUCAGUGGAUGGAUACCUCAAGAACUGAAGUCGAUCGAAAAUUUCAUAUACGAUGGUAAUUCAUUCGACAACAGUCCUGCACCUCCUCCACCCCCUUUCACUCCACCUCCUCCUGGUCGAUCUCGUAACAGCCCCCGACACCCUGGGUCCGGCGGUGGCAACCACACUGCCUCAAGCUCUGAUAGCAGUUCAUCAAACUCGAAGAAAGGCUUGUCAGUUUUGGAAAUAGUAGGGAUAAUUUUGGGUGCUAUAAUUUUUGUCCUCAUUGUGUUGGUUGCUUUUGCUGUAUGCAUCCAGAAGAGAAAACGGAAGAACAUCGGUCUACGAGCUUCGAGCGGAAGGCUGUCUAUUGGCACUAGCGUGAAUACGGAGGUGCACGAGCAUCGGGUUAAAAGCGUUGCUGCUGUUGCAGAUAUUAAGCCACUCCCUGCGGAGAAAAUGAAUCCCGAGAGAUUACAAGCGAAAAACGGAUCGGUGAAAAGGAUAAAGUCCCCUAUUACUGCAACUUCUUACACUGUUGCUUCUCUUCAAAGUGCAACAAAUAGCUUUAGUCAAGAAUGCAUAGUCGGUGAAGGCUCUCUCGGUCGUGUUUACAAAGCCGAGUUUCCAAACGGGAAGAUAAUGGCAAUCAAGAAAAUCGACAAUGCGGCGUUGUCGCUACAGGAAGAAGACAAUUUUCUUGAAGCGGUCUCAAACAUGUCAAGAUUGAGGCACACGAAUAUUGUGACACUAAAUGGUUAUUGCGUCGAGCAUGGUCAGCGUCUUCUCGUUUACGAGUUCAUUGGAAAUGGAAGUUUACACGACAUGCUCCAUUUUGCUGAAGAUAGUAGCAAGACACUGACUUGGAACGCCCGUGUCCGAGUAGCACUUGGAACAGCUCGAGCUUUAGAAUACUUGCAUGAGGUAUGCUUGCCUUCUGUUGUACAUAGAAACUUGAAGACAGCAAACAUAUUACUGGAUGAAGAGCUCAACCCCCAUUUGUCUGAUUCCGGUUUGGCUGCUUUAACGCCCAACACAGAGCGACAGGUUUCUACUCAGAUGGUUGGUUCCUUUGGCUACAGUGCUCCGGAGUUUGCCUUGUCGGGAAUAUACACCGUUAAAAGCGAUGUGUACAGCUUUGGCGUGGUGAUGUUGGAGCUGUUGACGGGACGAAAGCCGCUUGAUAGUUCGAGGGUGAGAUCGGAGCAGUCGCUUGUGAGAUGGGCUACUCCCCAACUUCACGAUAUUGACGCCUUAGCGAAAAUGGUCGAUCCUACUUUGAAUGGAAUGUACCCCGCAAAAUCUCUAUCACGCUUCGCCGACAUCAUUGCUCUAUGUGUUCAGCCGGAACCCAAAUUUCGACCACCAAUGUCGGAAGUAGUACAGGCAUUGGUGCGUUUAGUGCAAAGAGCCAGUGUGGUUAAGAGGCAUUCGAGCGACGAGUCGGGUUUCAGUUACAAAACGCCAGACCACGAGGGAGUUGAGUUGCAAUUUUGAGUACAAAAAAAACACUCAGAAGCCAGACCAUAGGGCUGAGGGAUGAUGAGACAAGCUGUUGUAAUUAACAUAUUUAUUAUUGUUGCAAGUUUUUAUAACUUAUGGCCACAUUAGAGUGUAUAGCAACCAAGAAAUGGUUUCUUUAUAAGCUUUUCUCUUCCCUUCAAUAAUAAUAUUAUUUACUUCAAAA